AUGAAACUUAACGCGAAAAAGACGAAAGACAUGUGGAUCUGCUUUAAAGCUGCAAUUCCGGAACCACCACAUCUUAAAAUUGGCGAUGAUACAAUUGAAAGAGUAAAGUCAUUCAAGUUGCUAGGUCUUUGGAUUGACAAUACCCUUAAAAUGGAACACCCACAUUGACGAAAUUGCAAGGAGGGCAAACAAACGCUUAGUCUACCUACGAGAGUGUCGUCGAGCAGAUCUACCAACUAAUGUGGGUUUGACGUGCUAUGAAUCCAAAUUAAGACCGGUUUUGGAAUAUGCGGCCCCAAUUCGUGGUGGCCUGCCACAACGGAGGCAACGAGGCCGGGGAUAUGUGAUUUAUUCACUGAGGCGCGCAGCGCCGAGGUGAAUAAACACGUAUCCCCGAGGUGCCCUUACUGACGAACUGGAGAGUAUCCAGAAUAGAAGCCUGAAAAUUUUGGGUCUACCUUCUGAUUCUCUUCAAUCUCUAGAACAACGUCGGGAUAAACUUUCAAUUCGCGAGUACGAGAAAGUCAUUAAUGACGAAACACACCCAUGCAGGAAGUACAUACCAGACAUGGUGACGAACAAGUAUGACCUAAGAACACCAAAAAGUCUUCCCGGAAUUUUCUCAUACACUAAAAGGCAUGAACUAUCGUUCAUUCCCAGAACAAACUCAUUAUUAUAGACAAUAUUUUUAUAACUAUUCCUACAAUUUUUAUCUGUACAUAUAACUACUAGACUACUACUUAGAUUUUUACUGUAAAUCCAUUGUAUUUUUACACUAAAGAUGGAUCAAUAAAACUAUUACUACUAGAGCCAAGAGUGGAAAGGUGAUUCCAUCGACUAACCAGGUAAAUAAACAGAAGUAAUAUUAAUCUGAAGCUAAUUUAUCAUUAAUUAUAUAGGAACGUGCGUUAAUUGCUCCUGUACAAGCAGAAGUACAACAAAAAAAAGGCAAUUUCAUCCCUUCUGAAAAACAAUAUUCCCAUGGUGUCGAAGAUGAGGUAAUUCAGCCAAGGUCCAGUCAACCAAAGAAAAACCGUAAACAAAGCGUCAUGGUGAAAAAGAUUCAAUCCAUGGUGAAGGUGCGAGGGAUGAAAAAGAAGAUAUCUUCUUAA